AUGGCAUCCACGUUGCCCGUCAAUUCUGCCGUGGCCAUGCCGGGCGAUUCCCCCAACGGCGGCAGCGUCUCCCCGCGAUUGACCACGCCAAAGAAUGUCGCAUUUGAGCUUCUGUUUCUGGACUCGCCGCAGUAUCGUGCGCGCUUGCCCAUGCGGGUUCAGAUUUACCCCCAUGACACCACCGACUCAAUAGUCACCACCGUCAAGAACUUUUACGGCUUGUACUCUGGUCCCACAGGGUCCAAGGGUGUGAGCUUUGAGGAUGAACAUGGCAACACCCUCAUUGCUCGAUACGAGAACUUUAGCAACAACAUGGUUGUCUACGUGCGGGUGAUUGAAGAACCGCCCGUGACGUCUAGCUCCAUCGGGCAACAGUCCACGUUCCAGCAGGCUCCCUCUACCGCGCCUGCCGAGCCCUACUACGAGCAGGAUGGCUAUCAGUUUCACCAAGCGCAACACCAGCGCUACGUCCAAGAUGCAGCUAGACCCAGCUCCAGAGGCUCCAGGCGACGUAGCCCGUCCCCCAGCAGCGGCAAUGGCCAUGGCCGGAGAAGCGCGCACGCCGAUGCUUAUAGUGACAGCAUGAACGGCUACAGCAGCGGCGACGGUGCCCCCAGCAGCACCUCGGCCAAGGUCAAGGAGCAACUUGGCACAACCGACAUCAGCGUCGAGAAUAUCGUCGAGGGCGGGCGCCGGAAGCGAGCCAAGUUUGAAAGCUCGGAAUUGCCACUAUUCGCACCACCUCAGAUGCCCGCAGCCACUUCCAAUCCAUCCGUCUCACCCGCUCGCCGCAUUGAACACCACCGACCAUCUCUGCCGUUUGUCCAUCCCGGCCAAAAUCCGUUUUCGAACCCACGGCCGUUGCAAUCCCCGCAAAGCUACAGCAACGGCAAUCCUUCUGCUUAUGCCACCCCCGCGCAUGGCCAUCGCUCCCGCGACAGCAUUGGCUAUGCCAGCAACGGCAGCGGUGUGGGCUCUGGCAUGGGCGUCCUUCCCACACCUGACCCCACCGUCGGCAGCUGCAUGUCGGAAGAGGACAAGGAUGUCGCCAUACAGCUCAUGCGUCUGGGGGAGAUGUCCAAUGUUUCUCACGGUCGCACCUCGGCAUCAACGCUGGACGACACCUUUAGCGGCCGCGCUGAUGUCGCGUCGUCCACCGGAGCCACCAGCGAUGGCGACAGCCACAGCGAAGACGACAUGCCAGCCUCCCGCCGGCAAAGGCUGGACCCCAAUGGUACCGCUCGAUUAAUUUACCCAUCCACCGAGACUCCCUUCGCCCCCGCCCCCGCCGAAGCUGUUGAUGUCGGCGCGGAUGUCGCCGGUUAUGAGCACAGCACCUCUGGCGCCGUGUGCGCAGGCGGCAGCAGCGGCAGCAGCGGCAGCAGCGGCAGCAGCAGCAAGAGCAGUUCGGCGGCCAAAAGCAAGCCUACUUCUGCCAAGCACAAGAGCUCUGCCGCCGCAGCGCCCAAGCCAACGACGCAAAAGGCACCCAAGGCCCCUCGCCCUGCGACUGGCGCCAAGGCCAACAAGAAACCGCCCCUCGUCGCCAAUGCCCCUCCUUCUGCCGUCCACGCAACGUCGCUGGCGACGGCGAUGGCGACGGCGACGGCUGCCUCCCUUGUCCCGAUGUCGCCUGCUUCCACAACGCACUCGAGGAAACAGUCGGUCGCGUCGGUUGGACUCAUUGCCCUGCCCGGUGAGGAGGAGCAGCCUGAUCUUUCCACGAAGCCUCGGUGCCAACGCUGCCGCAAGAGCAAGAAGGGAUGCGAUCGUCAGCGCCCAUGCGGACGCUGUCGAGAUGCGGGACUUUCGGCUGAUCAAUGCAUCAGCGAAGAUGAGGGCAACGGUCGCAAGGGUCGAUAUGGUCGCCAUAUGGGAGUGCCCAUCAAGAAGGAGGAAGUGACCGCUUCAUCACAGCCUGCUCUCCUACCCGCGGCCCCAAUCACGACAGCUGCCAUGGCUGCCGACAAGGCCAAGAAGCGUAAGAGGUAG